CAUGUCUUGGAUUCUGGUUGUGCAUUCUUUCGCCUCAUCCAUUGUCCAAUCCCUCCAGCUCCAGUGUAUCUCUACUCCCUCCGCUUUAACCCACUUUGACCUCCAUCUCGGCCCCGACAUACCCGAUCCAGCUACUUUUCCCCGCGUCCCUGUGCUUUUCUUUCCCCCGCACUUUGCUUCCACUUCCUACCCCAGCUCGGCAUUCGGGGCGUUAUAUCCCUUUCCCCUUUUUGACUGACUGUACUGAGCUGAAAGGGAUAGCUAGUAUACUGCAUAGCUUCCCCACGGAACGGACGCAUCAGCCUCGCUCCGAUGAUCCCGGCCCAGUCUGGCCGAACACGUUGGGGUUCCAUGACGAUCCCUCGUGAGACUAUUUCUACGCAGC